AUGUCCGAACUACACGACUCCCAAGAGAAACCCCCUUCACCCCAGCAUGAAUCUUCAGUGGAAUCCUCACAAGGUGAUGAGGAAAACCACCACAUCCCUCAAAUCGCUGUGGGCGACGAAGUCACGGAACAACCGAGCACUUCAACCUUCGGCGAGAGAUGGAGAUCCGCCAGCCAGCGUAUCCGAAAUAGAGGAAACACAAUAGCCGAGCGACUUGGCCGAUCCCAUGAACGAAAUGAAGAUGGCUUAGAAGGCGCCGGCUUCUCUACAGAAUACUUCGGCGCAACAGACGACAUCCGAAGUUUCGAAGCCCGACGUGCCAUUGACGAGGAGCAUCGUUUGAAUGGUCUUGAUCAUGAUGCUCAGGCUCAGCUCUUGAUCAGACAUCUCGGUUUACCAGGGAGCCAUCGACGAAAUGCAUCCUCAGAACUCCCAUCGGGCACGACAACGCCCGGAGAUAUCAGUGAAGCGACCCCACUGAAUGGAAGUGUGCUAUCACACUUACUACGCGUUUAUGCCAAUAAUUUGGAAAAUGCGAGCCGCAUGAGCGUUGCGACUACUUCGUUCGAAAACGACCCUGAUCCCGAGAGUAUUCCGAUGAAAACUCUGGGCACGGGUACACCCGGCAUCGCCACACCCGGGACGGAAACCCCUGGAGGGACGCCGCCGGGAAAGCGAGAAAAAGUGAAGUGGUAUAAGGGCGCAGAACCGGAGUCGGAGAGCAAGAAUGGGAAUAAGUUUAAUCUGCCGUUGAAGCCGAAGAAGAAGAGGGAGUCAAGUCAUACGUACACCUCGUCACUCAUCUCGGCGUCGAUGGGGAUGGGUCGUGUUGGAGUACCGGGAGCUGAAGGGCCGGCACCUAUGAAUGCGAAGGAGAGGAAGAAGCAGAAGCGGAAGAGUCAGAAGAAUGUGAAGCUGACAGUGCAUAUUGCGGCUAUUUUGGCGCGGCAGCAGUAUAUUAUGCAGCUUUGUCGUGCGUUGAUGAAGUAUGGGGCGCCGACGCAUCGACUGGAGGAGUAUAUGAUGAUGACUUCUAAUGUGCUGGAAGUUAAUGCUCAAUUCAUGUAUAUCCCUGGUUGUAUGAUUAUGUCUUUUGAUGACCCGCUCACUCGCACUGCUGAAGUGAAGAUCAUCCGUGUCACCCAGGGACUGGAUCUGUCUCGUUUGGCCGAGACGCACAAUGUGCUCAAGAGCGUGGUGCACGAUAUUGUGAGUGUCGAUCAAGCCACCAAGGAUCUUGACGAGAUCAUGCAGCGGAAACCACGAUACGGAGCAUGGACGAAAGUCCUCCUGACCGGUCUGGCCAGUGUUGCUGUUGGCCCCUACUCAUUCUCCGCCCGCCCUAUCGACCUUCCGAUCAUUUUCUUCCUAGGAUGCCUAGUCGGGAUCAUGCAGCACAUCCUGGCUCCAUCGUCUGCCACAUACUCCAACGUCCUCGAGGUAUCAGCCGCCAUCCUAGUCUCAUUCAUCGCGCGGGCAUUCGGAAGUAUCAAGCACAACGGUGUACAUGUAUUCUGUUUCCCUGCGAUGGUGGAAUCCUCUAUCGCCAUGCUUCUACCCGGUUUCGCCGUGCUGAGCAGUAGUCUGGAACUCCAGUCUCACCAAAUGAACGCCGGUUCAAUCCGUCUGGUCUUCACAAUCAUCUACUCUCUCUUCCUAGGAUAUGGUGUCACAGUCGGCACCACGAUCUACGGAUUAAUGGAUACAAACGCCACAAGGCAGGAGACCUGUUCUGCGACAAGUGAAUGGGGAAAUGAAUACAUCCAACAUUUUCCUUUCGUUGCAAUUUAUUGUCUCUUCGCCGCCCUCCUCAACCAAGCCAAAGCGAAACAACUACCUGUCACAAUUCUUUUGGGCGUUUGCGGCUACGUGACAAAUUACUUCAGCACAAAGAAGCUCGGCUCCAACCAAGUAGCCAACACAGUCGGCGCCUUCACUAUUGGCCUACUGGCCAAUCUGUACAGUCGUCUGUGGCACGGUCACGCCGCUGCUGCUAUUAUCCCAGGUAUCUUCACCUUGGUGCCAUCCGGAUUAGCAUCGUCCGGAUCGAUUAUUUCCGGCCUCGAAUAUGCCGAGGAGGUCGCUAAUGGAACUGCCGCCACAACUACAAGCAGUUCCACUAAUGAAAGCUCGCUUACUUCAUUGGGCUAUGGAAUGAUUCAAACCGCUAUCGGUAUUUCUGUUGGUUUGUUUGUUGCUGCAUUGAUUGUUUAUCCGCAUGGAAAGAAGCGAACUGCUAUUUUCAGUCUGUAG